AUGAGAUUGUCUGCACAUGGAGCAAACAACUACCAGCGUGGUGUUCUGCUGUUCUUGCUGCUGGAUCAGGGUCUGAUGAGCGAUCUUUUUCUUCUAAUCACUCAGGAAGGACUCGUCGGUCGGAUCCAAUGUAUCUCGCUUGGCUACAAUUUAGCUGGCCUUAUGUCGAUGAUGUUUGAGAUGGUUGAAUCGAUGCGUUGGAUGACGGAGAAAGCUCGGAUUCUGGUAAAGCGGUUGUUGUUCAACUAUGAAACAGCGUUAUUAUUAGUAGGCGAACUUAUCACUGCGGCAGUGACGCAGUACUAUUUAUCGACAUUGAAUCGAUCAGGUCUUCGCGAUACUGAAUCGGAAGCAAAGGCAGUGUCAUACUACGUCAUGAGUUUGGUGGGCCACGGAAUUAUUGCAUUGGGAUGUGUCUUUGUUAUUGUUUGUACUCGAUCGAUUGGUGCUAUUGUAUUCGUCUUGAGGAAGUUUGGUACUUUGCGAGUAUCCUCCCAGCCGUGUUGUGUAGAUUUGACACUGGGGGUACGGUACAAGUUAGUCCUACUCAAUGGAUAUGCUUGGCAGAAUGGGGAGCUGUUCUAUAAAGUGAGCUCGUUGAAAGCGUUCGGCUUAUUGAAAAUGGUCGAGGAGGACGGUAGUGAGUUCCUCGUUUACACAAUACUGCGAUGGAGAGCUAUCCCCCGUCACGACUUCUACGUAUGUGGUAGUGUAUCAAGGACGUACGUGUGUCCUUGUGAUGAGCACCCUUGAUCCG